UGACAGCAUAGCAGCACUACCACUAGCAGAAGCAGACGAUUUAGUAGACGAAUAGCAAUAGACAUCGAUUCGACAUAAGUUCAGUUCGGUUUUGUAAACAAAUAGAAGUGACUUAAUUUACUAACUUUUAUUUAAAAUGUAUAUAUCAUGGAGUUUUGUCCUUCUGUCUUUAUGUACUUAUUUAUUGCAGUCUUGCACUGGACAAAUAAAAAAUAAGGGACAGAGUUUAAGUGAAAGAGUGCAACAACUGACAGAAAUGAAUAUGAAGCGAUCAGUUUUAAAGUUUAAUGGAGCAAGAUUUAGAGAAUUUGUGAAAGCUACACCAAGAAACUAUUCAGUUGUUGUGAUGUUCACAGCAAUGGAGCCGCAAAGACAAUGUUCAAUUUGCAGGCACGCACAUGAUGAGUUCAUUAUUGUGGCGAAUUCGUUCCGCUACUCUCAAAUAUAUUCCAACAAGUUAUUCUUUGCUAUGGUGGAUUUUGAUGAGGGUGGUGAUGUAUUUCAAAUGCUAAGACUAAACACGGCUCCCAUAUUCAUUCAUUUCCCAGCCAAAGGUAAACCCAAGAACAGUGAUACCUUCGACAUCCAGAGGGUCGGAUUUGCUGCCGAGUCCAUUGCCAAAUGGAUCGGAGAAAGAACAGAUGUUCAGAUCCGAGUUUUCCGUCCACCCAACUACUCGGGAACGAUGGCCCUUGUCAUGUUGUUUGCCUUGGUCGCUGGAUUCUUGUACCUCAAACGCAACAAUCUCGACUUUCUCUACAACAAGAAUCUGUGGGCAAUCAGUGCAGUGUUGUUCUGCUUCGCAAUGGUGUCCGGACAGAUGUGGAACCAUAUCCGCAGUCCUCCGUUUGUCCACCGCAGUCAAUCCGGAGGAGUCGCCUACAUCCACGGAUCGUCACAGGGCCAGUUUGUACUGGAGACGUAUAUCAUAAUUGUGCUCAAUGGCGCUAUAGUCCUAGGUAUGAUCAUGAUGACGGAUGCUGCGGCUCGAAAGAACGGAGACGUAAGAAUGCGACAGAUCAUUGUCGUUGUGGGUCUUGCUAUUGUAGCAGUGUUUUUCAGCGUUAUCUUAUCAAUAUUUAGAUCGAAAGCUCACGGAUACCCUUACAGUUUCCUCUUCAAGUAGCUACUAGUGGAUCCCGACUGGGCAGAAGCUCUCUGAGUUGUUGGACUAUUUUAACCUUAGUUUGUUGUUCAGUUGAUAUUUGACUGUUAUGAAAGUGAUUGUGACACCAAGAACCAUCCAGAAUGUGGUCGGUUUCCAUCCUGCUACAUGAUCAAAUUGCAAAUAAACUUUAAUUAAUUGUGGGCACAUUAAACUUUUUGUAGAAA